CACAUAAUGGAUUCAAUUUAAGAUUUGUGUGUUAUACAAAAACUGCAAUAAUCCUUAAUUGUAUUUGAAUAAAAUAUUGAAAUUGCUGUAUUUCCAUGUACUGUUUUAUGAAAAAUGAGGGCGGCGUUGCUAGGUAAAAUAUGGAAACCACCAGCCUGGGGCGUCUGUAUGGAAUGUGACCUGCAAACUCCUCAGUCUCUGCAGAGAUUCUCCAUCAAGGAUCUGUGGAAUUGUUUUUAAAAAAUAUUCUGGUAAUUGCGUUUCAGUAGAGUUGGCUUCUGUUGCAAUCUUAUGCAUUUUCUGCAUUUGAAAACAUUAUCCUGAGAAAGGUUCCACAGGCUUCACCAAAAUGCUUCCAGGACACACAAACCGCUGGCAUGGGAAAGCUACAAGUGGUUGCAUGCGCUUACUCUGUUUACAAACCAAACGCGUUUUGUGCCUGCUGCGCCACCGUCCGCCUCCCAUUAAUUAGGAACAGGAAGAGAAAUUAGCUAAUUCAGAAGCGGGAAGUCACUGGGCGAGGCUGCGCAUGCGCAGCAGCACUUUCCUCCCCGCCCCCUUUCCCCUCGAAGAUUGCUAACAGUUAACUUCUCCGUGAAGAAACUGCGGGUCUAGGGCCAUGCCGGGAACCUACAACCGCGGCACGCCCCGGGCGGGCCCCAGCCGGCAGCGAGACUCGCUCCCGCCCGCCCCGCGAGAAGCGAGCGGCUGUCGGACCCCGCAGCGAAGCCAGGGCAUCGACGACCAAGGCGAUGGCAUCGAGGCGGCGGAGGACGAGCCCUGUCCGGCCCCCGGAGGCUCCGAGACGAGCUUCGAGACGGAGGGCGACGACGGCAACCGGCGCUUGAUCCGGCACCAGUACCGCGAGCUCAUCCACAAUGUGCAGCAGCAACGAGAAGUUAUGUUGAGUUCAAAAAGCAACAAAUUAACAGAUGCACUUGAAGAAGCCAACCAGCUGUUUAACAGAGUGUCCCAAGCAAGAGAAGCAGCCCUCGAUGCCCAGUUUCUUGUUUUGGCUUCAGACUUGGGUAAAGAAAAGGCAAAUCAGCUGCAUUCUGAUAUGACCUUAUUUGAUCCAACAUCAUAUGCUGAAGAUUUACUUAAGUAUAUGGGCCUAAAUCGUCUUGAAGUAGAAGAAAGUGAUAGUGAAGAAGAAACUCUUCAUAUUGGAUUCUUACCUGAAGAUUCCUGGCUCAGAGUAGGAAUAAUAUCAGUAAAAUACUUAAAGAGUGCUCCAACAUUCCACUUUUUGUUUGGUUCAUUCAAGACUGAUCCUCCUGUGCCAAAGCAACGGAAUGAACGUCAGAGAAGAGAAGAGAAGAAUGAAGAAGAAAGGGCCAUGCCUGCCGAGUUGAAAAAAAUGGAGGAGUCCCAACAGGAGGCUACAGAAAAGGAGGUAGAAAGGAUCUUGGGAUUACUGCAGACCUAUUUUAGUGAAGAGCCCGAGACUCCUAUAUCCUUCUUUGACUUUGUGAUUGAUCCAGAUUCUUUUGCUCGAACUGUGGAAAAUAUUUUCCAUGUUUCCUUCAUUGUAAGGGAUGGUUUUGCAAGAAUAAGGCUUGACCAAGAUAAACUGCCAAUAAUAGAGCCCAUUACUCAGGGUAAUGAGGAAAGUGAACAACAAAGUACCCAAAUCAGGCACCAAGACAUUAUAUCACUGAGUUAUCAAGACUGGAAGGACAUUGUGAGAACUUUUGAAAUUUCACAGCCAAUGAUCCCUCCUCCGUGUUGUAGCAAGUAAAAUCCAAGCUUUCAAAGGUGUCCCAAAUGAAAAUUGGCACUUCAGAUGGAAAGCAGCAUAUAUCAUUUAUUGUAUUAUGAAACGUGUUUUUCAGAGAAUCAGAUGUUUAGGGUUUUUUUUGUUUACGUGUAUUUUAUAUUAUUGUUUAUGAAGCUGCCUUGCUUUCCUAUGAUUAAAGAGAUUCACUGCCAUCUGUUA